UCUCCUUAUUUAACUUCUUAAAAUAUAUUUACAGCUGGCUUAUAGCCUGCUAUUGUACCUGCUUUAAUAUAGCCAACCUACUAUACAUGUUAAUUUUAACAUUGACUAAUAGUAAGUAGUGAGCUAUACUAUUAAACUGGCUCUAAACAAGGCCUCCACCUGAUUGAUAUCCCUUUGUCAUCAUUUCCAAGAGAGAAUUUCUUCCACAAAUUAAACACAUAUAGGGACAUAGCUGAAAAUGCCGUUUGGCAAGAGAAAAAAAAAAUAUUUUGUAACGGUAGUGGUGGGCUUUCACACGAGCACGGUAGACCAGCGAGCAAAGACCCACUCCACCACACUUCCAUAUUACCACCACCCCCCACCUUCUCGCUUUCCUCUUCCUCUCCACUUCCAUUUCCAAGAAUCGAACGGAGGCGUCUCGCUAUCGCCAUCGCCAUCGCCAUGGGCAGGAAGGAAUCGUCGACGACGACGACGACGACGGCGGCGGCGGCGGCGGCGGCGACGAGGAGCAUGAGGCUGCCGCCGCAGCACCAGGCGCUGGAGGUGAAGAUCCCGAGCUUCUUCCGGUGCCCCAUCUCCCUCGACGUGAUGCGCUCCCCGGUCAGCCUCUGCACCGGCGUCACCUACGACCGCGCCUCCAUCCAGCGAUGGCUCGACUCCGGCAACACCACCUGCCCCGCCACCAUGCUCCCCCUCCCUUCCACCGACCUCGUCCCCAACCUCACCCUCCGCAGCCUCAUCUCCCACUGGUCCUCCUCCUCCCCCGCCACCUCCGGCGAUGCCUCUGUCACUUCUUCCCCCGCGGGCCUUGUCCGCCAGGUCGCGUCGCCCGACGCCGACCCUUCCGCGGCGCUGCGCCAGCUCGCGGCGUACCUCUCGGACGACGACGUCGACGAGUUCGAGAAGAACGCGCUGGUGGGCGCCGGUGGCGCCGCCGAGGCCGUGGCCUCGGUGCUCCGGAGGAAGGGCGAGCGGGAGGUCGGCGUGGAAGGGUGCGAGGCGGCGGUGCGGGUGCUCGCCGCGGUCGUCGCGAUGGAUGGAGUCGAGGACGCGAACAAGAGGCGGGUCGCCGCCGGGCUCGCCGCGGACGCCGCGGCGUCGGCGGCGUCCCUGGCGCGCGUGAUGCGCGGAGCGAGCGGGCUGGAGGCGAGGGUCGACGCGGCGAGGCUGGUGGAGUUCCUGCUCGCCAAUGCCGCCGACGAGGCGAGGGAGGCGGUGGCCGAGUCGGCCGAGCUCGUCGCCGAGCUGGUGCGGCUCGUCGGCCCCGCCGACGAGAAGGGGAGCCUCGACGCGAGGGCCGUCGGCGCGGGCCUCUCCUGCCUCGCCACCAUCUCCCGGUCGCGCCGCGCCGCGCGCGCCGAGAUGGUCCGCGCCGGCACCGUCCGCGCCGCGGCGCGCGCGCUGCGCGCCACGGCGGCGGACCCGGCCGCGUCCGCCAGGGCGCUCCGGGUCCUCGAGUCCGCCGUCGGCUGCGCCGAGGGCCGCGCCGCGCUCUGCGAGGACGCCGAGCAGGCCGUACCCGCGGUGGUGGGCAGGAUGAUGAAGGCCGGCCGCGACGGCGCCGAGGCCGCGGAGGCCGUGCUCUGGGCGGUCUGCCACAAGUACAGGGACCGGCGCGCCGCCGACGCCGCGGCGGCGUCGGAGGGCGGCCUGACUCGCCUCCUCCUGCUGCUGCAGAGCGGGUGCUCGCCGGCGGCGAGGCAGAUGGCGCUCGAGCUGCUCAAGAUUUACAAGGUGAACGCCAAGAGCUGCCUCGCCGGCUACGACUCCAAGACCACCCACAUCAUGCCGUUCUGAACUGAAAAAUCGAAGCUUUUGGUCAGGGCCAUCAUGGAACAGGAGAUCAACCUUCGUGUUCCGUUCUUUUCUUUCUUUUCUUCUUUUGUUCUUUUCUAAAUGUAAUUUGAUGAUAGAGAAAACAGGAGGAGAUCGAAUUGAUUUGUGGAGGGAAGAAGAAAAAAAUAAUCUGUACAUGUGUAGCGAGAGUUUUGAUAGGAAAAGAAAAAUCAAUGGGAAAUUAACCGAUGAGUUGUUGAUUCUUAAGUCCAAAUAGAUUGCAAUUGCGUGAUCAGAAGUUCAGAACAGCCACAUGUACAUCUCCAAAUCAUUCACAACUUUUGGGAACAAAGUGAAA